UUCAUGGAGUAGGACUAUAACCAAAUAUUGCAAUUUUAGCCCUUAGGUUAAAAGCAGAACAUGAUUCGGUUUUAGAAUGAUAAAACAAUGUUUUGGUCAUUGCAGGUAAAUUUACAUGAUGAGUAACUUAGUAGUACACUUUUUGACUCGAAAUGCCAACAGACUACAUGCUAUGCGAUGGAUUAGGAGCCUUCACAUUAAAAUGUCAAUAAUACACGUUCCUGCAGUCUUUAUGUUUGGAAAGACGUCGUCUGUGAGGUCUUUUUCGAGAAAAGUGUCUUCAACGUCAUCCAAGUUAAUCGGCAAGAGUGGCAACGAUAAUGGUUUCAAUAAACUACAGGCAGUUUUUGCGUCAGAUGAUGGUAAAUUUGUAAACGUUUCAUGGAAUGAUGGUCGUGUGACGCAUUAUCCGUACAUUUGGCUAAGGGAUAACUGCCGUUGCAAACAUUGCUAUGAUUUCAAUCUCAAUGAAAGAGUAUUUUCUUUAAGAGACAUUAAUGCAAGUGCAACAUUACAUUUUUCUGAGUUGGCUGAAGACAGUACUUUAAAACUACAUGAUACAAGCGGGCAUACUACAGUCAUUCAUCCCUCAUGGUUAAAAGACCGAAAUGUUGGAGAGAUCAGGAGUGAUCCUCUCAUAAAACAAAUACACUGGGGGUCUGAUGUGAUGACAUAUUUGCCAAGAUUCCAAUACGAUGAUGUAAUAAAUAAUAGCACUACCCUCUAUAAGUGGAUGAAAUGCACCAAAGAAUAUGGCUUAUCUUGGAUUAAAGGAGCGCCGACGCAAAACGACGAGCUCAGGACACUUGGGAAAAGACUUGCCCAUCUUAGAGAAACAUUUUACGGUGUUGUUUCGCGAGUCGAAUCGAAAGCAGAUCCAUUCUUUUUGGGCUAUACUUCAAAGGAGUUACCUUUGCACACAGACUACACGUAUGGAGCCAACAUUCCAGGGAUUGUUUUUCUGCAUGGAAUAAAAUGUGCGCCCUCGGGUGGUAAAAGCUGGUUGGUUGAUGGGUUUAAAUUGGCAAAAGAUCUCAAGAAGAAUGAUCCAACUGCAUUCAAGAUGUUAUCUACUGGUAUACUGAACUACGAAAUGAAUGGAUUUGAUAUUGGGCAACAAUUUGAUCACAGGUGUAAUACUCAGGUUAUAAGAGUCAAUUGGCGCGGUGAUGUUGACAAGAUUGCAUACAAUGACUAUGCACGGACAGAGUAUUUGACUAACAUCUCUGUUGAUGACAUGCCAGCGUAUUAUGAAGCAUUGACUAAAUUUAUCUCCAUGGCCUACUCCCAAGAAUACCUUCUAGAAGCUAUGAUUGAGGAAGGUGACAUUGUAGCGAUCGACAACCUUCGUCUGCUUCACGGACGUGACAAAUAUGAAAUCUCAGAUGGUAAAGGGCGCUAUGUUGAAAGUAUUUAUAUUGAUAUGGAUGACUUUAACUCCCGUUUGCGUGUUUUGAGCCAGAGUUUCUAAAAUAUAAACAAAAUACAGUGUAUAUUAUACGGUGUGAAAAAGAAAACAUUAACUUGAUUUGAAUAUUAUUACUAUGGGUUCCCACCUGCGACCUACAGGCUUUUCCAGCUUAACCACAGCUCUUAUGUGGGAGCGUUUCAGUCAGUGACUUGAAAAGAUUUACGCCCGAAAGACCUCGUCUUUAUUUUCUCAAUAGGCCUUAAUUUAUUUUAUAUAAACAAUUUGUCUAUGCAACAACUCUAUUUUCCUGUGUGGGUCAGUCAAUGUAGGUGGGAAAAUAUGUAUUAUGCUUGGGGUUCAAGUGUUAGAAUAGUUGGAGCACCACGAUGUUUUAACCAGGGUUGCCAUUUGGCCUUUUUGACGGCCAGAUUCCUCAAAUCUGGCCGUAUAAAAAUUUGCCUGGCCGUAACGUUUGAAAAUUCAUUUGGCCGAAUUUUUGAAUUUACAUUUUUUUUCAAU